AGAAAGAAAAUCAUAAAUAAAAAAGGGAGGCGGAGGGGGGUUCUUUCGAUACUAGGAGAAGAAAAAAAACAAAGAUAUUUUAGGACGCAUUCAGUCAUUUUUACAGUCCGAUACACUGUGCAGGUGCGCUGUUCCUCCUGUCCUCCAGGGGGCAACGUGGAGGUGUAAGUCAGUCAUCUGAAGCACGGCAGGAAAGGAGGAAGAGAGUUUAACAUUAAGGAGGCAAAAACCCUGGUAGCUAACGUCCUACAUUCAUCCAAGUUAAUAAAAGCAACAUUAACCCGCUGUGGUGUUCAGCUGCAUGGAGAACAAAGUGCCUGUGCUGCUUAACGCGGUUCCUCCUUACGGACACAUUAUCUGCAGCGACAAAUGGAGAAAUUCGUCCUUCAUUCAGGGUUUGAAAGGUGGAGGUGUGAAAAUCAUCUUUGAGACGGAGCUCGGAGUGGCAGAUUUCCUACUGCCCAACAAAAGCAGUGUCCUCUACGUCUCUGAGUGUGACAUCAUCGCAGGAAGCAGCUACAAGAGGAAGGUGGUUCGCUACAGGAACGCUGGGAGCAGCUUCCAGGAGCUGGUGUUGGUGGAGAAGACCAGACUCAGCGAGCAGUACUUCCCCGCUGUGCAGAAGUUUGUGGUGUUUGACCUCGGCCUGUCUCUGCUGCCCGUCAGCGGGCAGACUGACGCCUCACAGCUCAUCACUCAGAUGGUUCAUGGGGAGGGUCGGGAGAACCCCUUCAGGAGGAAGAGCUCAUCCCGUCUGCUGGACCCUCUGGUCCUGGCUCUGGUCCAGCAGAUCCCCGGGGUGGGCAAGGUCAAAGCUCUGGUGCUGUUGCGGCACUUCUCCAGCAUCCAGCAGCUCUGCAACGCCUCCCCCGCUGAGCUGGAGCCCAUCGUGGGCCAGGCUGGCGCUCAGCAGAUCCAUAGCUUCUUCCACAAACACACUGCCGGGACCUGAACAGCUCAGUUCAGAUUACAGUGGCCAAACUCCAGCCUUGAGACUGAAGUUCCUGCAGCAUCAAUUCACCAGUCACGGUUAAAAUGAGGUAAAGGUUGGCGUUUGGGGGAGAAUAACCCCUUCGCAGCAGGAAUCCUGAUCCAUUUCACUAAUAGAAAAAAACUUAGUGGAUCAGGUUUAAAUGAAUGAGUAAAUCAGGAUUAUUUGACACCCCAGGAAUGAGAACAGGCACUGGAUGAUCAGGGCUACUCAUCACUCCUGAUCAGAGCCGGGUGACCAUGACCAGCACAGUAACCAGCACUUUUCACAGUGGUGCCUCAGGUCAGGCACGCUCCUCAUUUUCAUCGACAUUCACGGUGUUUGCAUCCCAGAUGGUCAACUCCAGCGUCCUGAGAUGUGUGAGAGAGAACGCUUCCUGCAAACUGCCUGACGUGUGUCACUCUAAACCAGGCGCCAGGCUGGGCUGAUGCAAAAAUUACUCACACAUUUGUGUCUCUGAGACGACGGUUUACAGCACAGACUUCCGCGUGAGCAGGAAGUGUUGGGGGCAGCGUUAACCUAACAUGUUGCUCAGUGUGUCCCGCGUGCAGGCACAGGGAGCACCUGCAAACUGUCACUGGCCAAAGAGCUGAGCAUGAGCUAAUUCCACGACUCGGUUCAUGUGCCAAUUUUUACUCUGACUUAUUUAUUUUUACCUGAAUGGAUGGUUCGGUUUUAAAGGACAGACUCAGACAUCAGUUUGCGUCCUGAGCAGAGAAAAGUUUCCAGACUUUGAAAGCAUGCAAAACUGAUUUCUACGACUGUGAAAUAAAAAUAAAAGCAAAGAAAGUUUCA